AUGCCCGCGCCGAAGAGCAGCGAUGCAAAGAGCACCUUCGCAGCUCCCGGCUCCGCUGUCGACACACCGGAGAUGAUUCCCGUGCUGUUGGGCGCCAGAGAAUACGAGAGAUCGUUCCAGGUGAUCAUGGGGAUGAUCGUGUCGAUGCGCGGGAUCGACACUCGCGGCGGCGAAUUGAAUGCCGCCGCCGUAGGAGCCACCCGUCAUUCCGACCCGCGGGUCGUUCGUCGACGGUGCACCGGUGUGAUCGACGGAGUCCUGUACCACCGCGGUGAGCGCCGGAUAGGGCUGCGUCAGAGCCUGAUCCGUGAAGGCAAUCCCUUCUUGGCCGCCGAGGAAGCUGACCAAUCUGGGAGGCGGCGACGCCGUCGUACGCGGGAGAAUCAAGAUCGCGGGCGCUGGGUUGUCCGCAUCGACGCCGUCGGGAACAAAAAGUUCACCGACGACGGUGCAGGGCGUCGAGAGUUCAGGCCCGACAUCGACCGAGAGUACAGCAGCUGUGACGAAUACGAGCCGUUCGGUGGAUCCGCGAGCGCCGGCGGCGAAAAGCCGAGGGCACAAACCACGAGCGUGACGACACUUAUCGCAAUUCUCCGGCGCACC